AUGACUUUGGCUAGAGAUUUACUACCUCCGUCCUUGGAAGAGGAAAAGAAAAAACAUAAAAAGAAACGGCUAGUGCAAAGUCCACAUUCUUACUAUAUGCAUGUAAAAUGUCCAGGUUGCUACAAGAUUACCACGGUUUUCAGCCAUGCUCAGAGAGUGGUUCUUUGUGUAGGUUGUUUAACAGUGUUGUGCCAGCCUACAGGAGGAAAGGCCAGCCUCACAGAAGGGUAUUCAUUUAGAGGAAAGCAACACUAAUGAUCCACACAGCUUCCUGAAUUCGUGUUAUCUUUCAGAAAGCCUUAUCAUAAGUUCCAUAAUUUGAAUUAAUCUACCAAGAUAAUGUAAUUACAUUUGGUUUUGUAAGGUAUACAACAGUGAUCUCCCAUUUUGAUGUCAGGCUUUCAAUAAAGUUUUGGUUAUGGGGAAAAAAAAAAGAAAUAUCACCUUUACAGAGGCAAUUAAGUUAAAACGAGGCAGGUAGGGUGGGUCCUGCUUCUAGUAUGGAUGUGCACAAAAGGAGGAAAGUCCAUGUGAGGACACAGUGAGAAGGCAGCCAUCUGCAAGCCAAGGAGAGAGGCUUCAGGAGAAUCCAAACCUACUGACACCUGGAUCUUGGACUCGUAGCCUUCAGAACUGUGAGACAGUGAAUUUCUGUUGUUUAAGCCACCCAGUUCAUGGUAUUCUGUAUGGCAGCCUUAA